UAUGGUACAUAUAUUAUGUCUGUAUUGUCUCAUGUCAUCUUUUGCAUCUAAGAUUGAAAUCUGUAAUUAUGAUCCACAAUAAACAGACACAUCAAUUAUACAAUGCAACACUAUUAAAAUUGAGAAAAAUGAAAUAAAUGAAUAAAAGAAACACUGAAAAAUUUGUGUUUCGAUGUUUAACCAAAACUGAUCUUCCUUUUCUAAAUCGACAUCAUUUUAAAUGUCAGUCAUGGAAAGUAAAAGUUGCAACAAUUUUGUAAGCUAUGUGGGAAUCGAAGAACUUGAAAUGCAGCAAAUAGAUUCUAGUCAACGUAAUUCAUUGAUUGAAAACAAUUUAAAACUCUUGCGAGGAGAAGUUCUCGUUGCUAAAGCACAAAAUGUUUUAAUGUUUUUACCGGUUGGUGAUUUAAAACAAGGAACUUCUGGCAUACUUUCUGUUACUAAUUUCAAGCUCUCUUUUAUUACAACUGAUGAUUCAAAUGGAGAGGAUAAUAAUCAUCAACAAAAUCAUUUAUAUGGGUAUACAGAUACAUGCCUGACAAAUAUUGAUGAAAUUUACUUAAUAGUAGGUGAUAAAAAGAAAAAACUUCUUCCAGGAAAUUUAGUACCGUCCAAAGUAAAAGCAAUAUUUAUUACUUGUAAGAAUUUGAGGACAUGGUCAUUUUCCUUCAAAUUUUCACCUCUUGGGCAUGGAAAAAAUAUCUUAAAUGCCUUGUUACAUCAUGCAUUUCCUAGCAGACAUCAUUUGUUGUUUGCCUAUGAUUACACUGAACCAUAUUACAGCAGUCUUGAUAAAGGUAUCAGAUUAUUUAGAAAUAUAUCUGAUUGGCAAAAUGAAUUUGAACGUAUAUUAAGUAGUGAGAAAGCAGGUCAAGGAUGGAGAUUGUCAACUGUUAAUAUAAAAUUUCAGUUAUGUUCCAGUUUGCCACAAUAUAUCAUUGUACCAGCAUCUUUAACCAAUAGUCAACUAACAGAUGCUGCAAAAUAUUUUCAAGGCAAUAGAUUACCGGUUUGGGCAUGGUCAAAUCAACAUGGUGCAGCAUUAGUAAAAAUACCUGAAUUAUUACCAACAAUUACUGAAAGGAUACAAGAAAACAUAAUGUUAGAAAAUAUCAGAAAAAGUCAUCCUCAUAAAUUGCCACCUAUUGUAAUUGAACUAAGUAAAGAUAUUAGUGUGAAAUCAAUAGCUGUAGGUUUCUCAAAAUUUUACAGUUUGUGUUCUCCAGAAAAUAUUAGACAACUUUGGAUACAAGAUAAUAAUUUCUAUUCGUUAUUAGAAAGUACAAAAUGGCUUAAGUAUGUAUCAUAUUGUCUAGAAAAAACAGUUACAGCUUGUGAAAAUCUUAAUUCAGGAUAUUCAGUAGUUUUACAAGAAGGAGAAGCUAGAGAUUUGUGUUGUGUUAUAUCAAGUUUAAUACAGUUAUUACUUGAUCCACAUUUUCAAACUAUCGUUGGCUUUCAAUCUCUGAUACAAAAAGAAUGGGUUGCUAGUGGACAUCCUUUUUGCGAUCGUUUAGGGCAUAUGAUGAAACCAAACUCUGAAAAGUCUCCAUUAUUUCUUCUUUUCCUUGACUGUGUUUGGCAACUAUGUCAACAAUUUCCAGCAGAGUUCGAAUUUACUGAGACAUAUUUAACAACAUUAUGGGAUGCAGCUCAUGUGUCAAUUUUUGACACUUUCAUUUUCAAUUGUGAAAAAGAUCGUACGAUGGCAGCUACGGAUCCAAAUACACCACUUAUAUUACGUAGUGUUUGGGACUGGAGAGAACAAUUUAAUGAUCAAGAUAUCUUAUUAUUUUAUAACCCUUUAUUUAAUGCUUAUGGAAAAACUUUAACAGAAAAGACGAUCGUGAAACCAUUGUACAGUAUCUCUAAUUUAGAACUUUGGAGCCAGUGUUAUUUCCGUUGGAUACCCCCGCUCGUUAUUCAUAAUGGUGGUGGAAGCCACAUAGAUCUUUAUACCAGAUUACUUCGGAAUGAUAUAAAUCAAUUAAGACUAAGUAUAGAUAGGAGUUGUGGAUCACCAAUUGAUAAAAUAGGUAGUUAUUUACUUCAGAUGAAUAUUGACAGCUUUUAUCCAUUUAGUAGUAAAAGAUCUGGGAAUACUGUUAGUACUCCUAUCAUAAGUAGUACAAUACUUGCAACUGAAAGUUUAUUGGAUGCUCAAUCCUUGAUAACUGUACCUGAUUGACUGUUCGCAAUGUAUAUAUAUCUUACGUAUGUAGGUAUAAAUAGAUUUACAGAUUUAUAUCAUCCCUUUUAUAGUCAAUUGUACAGUAUCUUGUUAAAACAUGUUACAAAAUAUAUCAAAAAGAUUUAGAAAUAAGUAUCUUGAAAAUUAAUCAUAGUUAUGUACAUAACUUUGUGUAGCUGUUUUUAUAGAAACAAUCGUAAAAAUAUCAAUUUUUUUAGUAAUAUAAAAAAAAUGUAAUGAAACAUAAUAUAUAAACACUGAAUAAUU